AGCAGCUGAAGGAACGACUUCGAGGGCCAGAACCUGGAAUGGACGACAUGAGGAACAGAGGCUACUCUGCCUUCCCUCGGAUGCCUCAUUGGCUUGCUGAAGACGACCCACAGAUGCUUGACUUGGCGUCAAGAAUGAGCCAUGCCCCUAAUUGGCCAUUGUCUAUGGGCCGUCGUGGAGGCCCCUGGAGAGAUCGUCGCAACUCAGGCGGGUCCGCAAUGAGCGCCACAUCGGAAGACGAUUCCUCGUACGACCAUCCUCACAACGACAAGUCAUCGCAAGGCUCCGGAGGUUCAGGUGGCCUAGAUGCGGCCAUAGGGCACGAAAUCCCCAUCAUGAUUGAGGCUGAAGCCCCUCCUUCCAUGAUGCCUCCUCCCCAGCAACCACAACAACAGCAGAACGCUCCGCAACAACCUCACCCCCAAACGAGCGGGAUGAGUGGACCAGAACCUCCGUGUGUUGGUCAGGUCCGUAAGAGUCCUCAGUACGCAACCCGUACGUCUUCAGCCACCGACGACGUAAGCGGUGCUCACAGGGAACAGCAGCGAGCUACUCGGUGUUCCUCUGCGCCACCGUCAAUGAUCGACCAAAGAGGCAACGGCACAGGCCGGCAAGCCCAACAAGCUAACAAAGGCAGUGGCGCUCCACAGACUCGGUCUGCGACUGUGCCCAUCAACCCUCACAACAACGUGGCCAAGCCCUUCGUGUCUGCCUUCAAGAACAACUCCCCUCGUUCACAGGAUCCUAUCAUGGAAGAAAGCAUGCAGCAGCAGCAACAGCGACCUAACAGCCGUCACUCCUCGCCCGCCCCGCAGCAGCAACAGCAACAAUACUCAGGCCAAAAUUUCCAGCAGCUGCCUGCUGGAAACCACCACCAGCAACACGCAUCCCAAAAUUAUCCCCAACAACAGGAUCAGAACUACCAGCAACAUCCUCAGCAGCAGUAUUAUGAACAGGACCCUCUAUAUUACGGUCAACAACAGUGGCCAAAUCAAGGUUUCUUUCAACAAUAUCCAGAUUAUGGAGGGCCGUGGCAACAAUUUUAUUCAAAUGAUCCACGCAUGUACGAACAAGAGCGGCAUUACGCCCCCCAGCAACAGCAACAACAACAACCGCCUCUGCAGCAUCAGCGCCCCAGCGUGGUUCGUACCAUUCCAAUUUACAUCGAAGGCCAGGAAAGACCAAUUGUCAACGAAAAUGAAGCUUCAUCGUUGUCUUCAUCGCCUAGAGCUGCUCCUCAACUGACUAGAAAUCAACAGCAGCAACCACAGCGUCAGCAGCAGCAACCACAGCGUCAGCAGCCUCAACAUCAGCCGCAACCUCCACCCUGGCAGUCUCAGCAGCCUAAACUUAGGCAAACUUUUCAGCCUCAAUUCAGGCAACAUUUCCCGCAAGAUCGUCCCGCUGAAAAUGCUUUUCAACAAUUCUUCAAUAACGACCAUCCAUCCAGAAACCAGGAAACGCAGCGACCUUACUAUCCGGAACAACAGUUCUAUCAGCAGCAGCAGGCAGCCCCACCUCAACAAGAACAACAGUUCUAUCAACAACAGCGACCAUACACUCAGCAGCAACAGCAGCAUUACGGUAGCCAAGAAAUCCCUAUUGCAACGCAACGAGAAUCGUCUCCUCACCCUCCUCCACCACCUCCCCCUCCCCCUGUCAAACUCACGCCCUUGGAGAAGAUCGAGCAGGUAAGGAGUAAAACCGAGGAAUUCAUGCAAAAAGUCGACGCUUUUACGGGCACGAAGAAAGAUCGUGAAUUUCUUUAUUUAGACGAGAUGCUCACGCGAGCCCUCAUUUCUCUAGACGAUAUUGAUCCCGAUGGCAACGCCGAGAUCAGACAAGCCAGAAAGAACCUCAUUAAGGACAUCAAUUCUAAAAUUUCGCUCCUAGAAAAGAAAGCGUCAGCUGGCUCGGCUGCAGCUGCUGAGGAAAAAUCUCCAGCUCCUCCCACCGAAUACGGUGAUCCUGCCGCUGUGGGAGUAACGGACUCUGCAAAGGAAACAUCACCUUCCCUCGCCGGCCCUUCCCAAGAAAGCGCUUCGAAAGAUCCGGAUAACACGAAAUGCGACGUCGCUCCGACUGCUUACGACUCUCUUACUUCCGAAGAAAACAAAUCAUCGACAGCGCCAGCUGAUGACAAACCGUCCGAAUCGACGGCCGCUACAGAAACCAACAACAACACUAACGAUGUCAGUGGAAACUCCGGCUCAGUAACAGACGGUGCUUUGAAAGAUGCCGUCGUUACCGAAGAGAAAGAAGACGUCAUUAAAGAACCUAUUCCGUGUCCGGCUCCUGCCAUUCCUCUUCCCGAGAAAUGAAGUCGAGUACUUUGUAUUAUUCUAUAUAGUUUGUAUAUUGUAUAGUGUCUUUAGCAUUGGCUUCUGUUUGGAGGAGUUACUUGCUUCUCAGCUCUCUUUGUGAAUUAAACUAAUUCCUAAGUUUCGUAUGAACUUAUUUGGCUCGCAAUAUUUGCAGGCUAUAGGUAUUUAGCAAACUAAUUUUAAUUGUAGAAAACGUGUUGAGGCCAGCGCGUUUUUUUUCGCAAACUUCGUUUUACAAGGAAAAGUCUUUGCCCGAUAGUAAAUCGGUCGUUAAAACAUGUAAAUUAUAUUUUAAGCAAGUAUUUUUUUUCUAGUAGUAUAUUAUCUGUAGAUAAAUGAACUGUUUGUGAUUUUAUCCGAUUAUUAUCUCUCUAAUAAUGAUUUAUAAUAAAUAAUAUGAAAGAUCACUACAGUCACGAUUACGCCCCACUAUUAAUGUCUAUGACCGAAUUCGGCACGGAGGAACACGUCGGUAGAGUAUGCUUUAAUGACGCAAUGAAUAUAUACUCAUUAUCCACUCUGCCUUUUUUGUUUAUUUUUUUAUAUAAAAAAUUUCAGUUAUACAGUAUAGAAGAACGUCCUGUGCUCUUAAAUACAAUUGAGUACAACUUUCUAAAGUUCGGAAACUUAUUGAUUGCGUUUAAGAUGAGUUGAACUAUCGUGCAUAAAGAUUGUAAAGAUUUUUAUUUCAUACUUUCUUCACUUGUCUGAACCUUUUAAAUUUCUGUCAAUGGUUUGAAUCUGUGAGUGCCACAUAGAUGUUUUUACUGUAAGGUUACCGCAGUACUUAUAAAAGUCUGCGCUGUAUUCGUGUGAUACGUACUACGGUAGUGUGAACUGUGAUGUUACGCCAUUAUAGUAAAUUUUUGUUGGAACGUCAUAGACAAAUGAGCUACAACCGGC